AUGCGUGUCGUCUAUCAUCCAAUACCAGUGUCUAGGAUUGCUAAGGUCAGGGGUUAUGCCUCUCGUAAGGUCCGUGAGAGGCGGUAUGAGAAGUCAAUUGAGUCUGGUUUGGGUUUGGGACCCGAGCUUCGGGUCUUGGACACUCUGCUCACCAUGUUUUGGAUUGCACGGACAACAGUCCAAACCGUCGCGGAAGCGCAUAGUGCAUCGGAAGCUCCGAAUAAGAAGAGCGAGUUGGCAGUAACGAAGAGAGUAACGACUAGUUGCGAUAUAGAUCCAUUAUCUGACGACUUUAUGCAAGUCUUGCAUG